AUGAAAAGUACAACAUGCAGUCUUUUAGUUGGUACCACUAUAACAGGGCUAGUAAUUUUUUUACUUAGUUUUGAUAUAAUAUCAAAGAGAAGAAAUUCUUUGAGUAAUCAUCUUUUAACUAAAGAUCAAAAGAAAUCAGAUAUUUCUUCUAAGACUUCAGAUUUACACUUCUUGGCUUUGAUAAACAAAAAAAUCGAAAAGCUUGAAGAAAAGAUUAAUAGUUUACUAAGUAAGACUGAAAAAAAAAGUAAAGCAAACGAGGAAGCAAUUGUUCAAAAUUAUACUAAAUUUGGCACAUACAAAGAUAAAUUAUCGGAUAAUAACUCAAAUGACAGAAAAAAAGAUGAUGCUUUUAGUAAACAAAUUUUAAAUCCAAAGAUUAGAACAAAAGAAAGCUUUAAUCUAAAAGGAGAGAAUAGCUUAUUACAAAAGAAAAAGGAUGAGACAAUGAUUAAAGAAAUCUCUCAGGCGCCAACUUUUAGUAGCUAUAAUUUGUUUUCAGGCGCGAAACUUCCAAGUAAUAAAGAAUUACAUAAUGGAGAUACAGAUAAUUAUAUGAAUACCUUUCAUCUCAACUUUGAGAGCUGGCCUUUAGACAGAAAUUCGAAUGAAAGAGAAGUUAAUAAAUCAUCUUCAUCUGUCAGUAGUAGUAAAGAAAAAAAUAAUUUGUUUGGCAGAGAAUUAACAAAUUUAGCUCCAACCUUAAAGAGCAUGGAUAAUUCUUUAGCAAUUAAAUCAAACGAAAGUUUGAUAACAUUUUCAAGUUUACCAGAAAAAAAGGCAGCAAACAGUAAACAAGAAGUACAAACAAAAGAGAAAGUCUCUAUUGAAAACAAAAAACCCAAAACAACAGGGUUUAUUCAAAAAUCUGUAGAUGAAGCCAUUAUUCCUGUCGAUAAUAUUCCCAAUCUAACAGAUUUUUCUUCACACGAUGCUAAUUAUCGACCUAUAUUUUUUACAGAAAAAAAGAAAGAAAUAAUAAAUAAAUCGUUACCCAGUUCAAUUACGGAAAUCUCUGUAAAAGUUAUGAAUGACGAAAACAAAACCAUUUUUAGUUCUGAUAGAGCUAUAAAAAAAGAUAAAAAAAACAAGGUAGAUGAUGCAUUAAUAAAAUCAGAAAUUUUAAUAAAACCAAAAAUAUCAAAAGAGGACACAAAAGCUAUAACAGAAGCUAUAGACAGUAUUUUUGAAAGUGUACCUUCUUCAACAUCUAAAGUUGUGCAGACAAAGCAAGACGACAAUGAUGUUUUAGGAGAUAUUACAAAAAGUACCAAGCAUGAACAACUUAUAAUGGAUGAUAAGAUGUUAAAUGAUACAAGUAAAAUAACUAUAAAAUCUAAAGAUAAAUUAGCUAACUAUAAAGACAUAAAUAAAAGUAAAAAAGAAUUAAUUUUUACAUCUAACACUUCUCCUAUAAGAAUCGAUAAAAAUAAUAAUCGCUCUGAAAAGUAUAAACGAAUUAACAAUAAAAAGUUACCAACAAUUAUAGAAGAGAGGAUGAAUGAAGAAACAAAAAAUAACGAGUUAGUAGCAGAUAAAAAUGAAGAAGCCUACAAACCAGAAAUAAAUAGGAACUUACAAUCAUUAAUGUCAGAUAAAGAGAUCUUAAAAAACAAUGAAACAACAGAUAAAAGACAAGAGCAAAACAAUUCCACAAGUAAAAAAGAACAUGAAUCUGUUACGAAGGAAAAAAUUUUAAAUAAUGAUGAUAAAAAUGAAAAACUUGACUCUAAGGAAGAGAAAAAAAUGCCUUUAGUUAUUAAUGAAACUAGUAAUGAAAUAAGAGAGAUUGAUGAACCAACUACUAGUAAUGUCCCAACAAAUUCUUCUAAUAAUUUAUUUGACGAUGAGGUUCUGCCUGAAGAUACGUUAGAUGAAAUAUUUAACAAAGAAUAUUAUGUAGUUCCGAAUCAGAAAACCACUUCGAAAAAAAUAAAACAAGUAGAAAGUCCAGAACUUAAAUUAUUAAAGUCUUCGAUUAGUGGUUUAAACAAGGAGCUGAAAAAAAACAAGAACAGUUUAAGCAAAGAGAUGGGAGUUGAAAAUGCAACUAACGAUAAAAAUCUUGAUGCCGGGUUUUUUUAA